AUGAGGGCUCGUCGUAAGCUUAGUCGUAAGUCCGGACAUCGCAUGGCGAUGUUGCGGAACAUGGUCAGCUCUUUGAUCAAAUAUGAUAGAAUCAAGACCACCUUGCCCAAAGCAAGGGAAGCGAGGAAACUAGCGGACAAGAUGGUGACCUAUGGAAAGAGGACGGAACCUUUCGCAAAAGUGUUAGCAUGUAAAUUUCUUCGGGAACCUCAUCUGACCGUGCCCAAACUUUUUGAGGUGAUGGCGGAACGUUAUCGCGAUCGUGAAGGAGGUUACACGCGUAUCCACAAAUUAGGCAAUCGGGCAUGGGACAAUGCGCCAAUGGCAAUCUUGGAAUACGUUGACGCUCCAGGUGAUCUAAAAUAUGACAUGCUGAUUAAGAGACUUGCACAAAUGGAGCUUGACCCAUCUCUCAGGGUUCCAACCACGUUUGUGGAACAAGGACACACUCCACUGAGAUUCAAACGUGAAUUCAAACGCUGGCUAAAAAGACUCAACGGUCAAAGAAAAUUCGAGAAGGCCGUGGAAAAAAUGGUGAAAGCGAAACAAAUGACACCACGUGAUUUGGAUAGCGCCAUUUUGAGGGAAAUUCGUAACUUGAGAUUUACGGAACAAGAGAAGCAACAAUCAUACACCAGAUACAAGAUUAGAAGAAAAGGUGGUCACUUGUCCUAUGAACACCUGAGCUGA